AUGUUCAACAUCAAGUCUGGGGUGGUGCACACGCCGUGCUCGAAAUCCCUCCAACUAUCCAAUCUCUACGGCUUCGAGUUGUACUUCAAGAAGGAGUACCUCCAGGUGACGGGCAGUUUUAAGGAGCGGGGAGCCAGAUACGCCUUGUCGCACUUGACGGCUGCUGAGCGGAAAAUCGGGGUGAUCGCGGCGAGCGCAGUCAAUCUGUGCAUAGGAGUCGCGCGUAGGGAUGCGUUUUCUACGCUGCACUCCUCUGAACGCCUCGGUCUUGUGACGCAACAGAAAUUUUGGGGUGGUGGACUGAUCGCAGGCGUUGCGGCCGCGAUUAAGACUUUAAAACCGGAAUGUCACAUCAUUGGAAUCGAGACCGAAACCUGCGCCAGCUUCACCGCCGCCAUCAAGGAGGGCAGACCCAUUGCCGUCGAGACGAGCAGCACCCUGGCUGAUGGCCUCGCCGUCCCUACCGUAGGUGGCAAUUCGCUAAAGACCGCCGCCCCGAUGAUCGACCAGAUCAUCACCGUCAGCGAGGAGGUGAUCGCCCUUUCAAUCCUACGCCUCAUUGAGGUGGAAAAGGCUGUUGUCGAGGGAGCUGGAGCCGUGGGGUUGGCGGCGAUAAUCUCGAAUAAGGUGCCGCACUUGAAGGACAAAAAGGUCGUGUGUAUCCUGACUGGAGGUAAUAUCGAUACCACGGUAUUGGGACGCUCGAUUGAACGAGGGUUGGCAGUAGAUGGGCGCUUGGUUCGAAUUGAAGUUGUGGUAUCGGACAGGCCAGGAGGUAUCGCCGAAUUAACCACCCACAUCGCCCACAGCGGCGCCUCCAUCAAGGACAUCUUCCACGAACGAGCCUGGAUCUCCACGGACGUCUUUUCGGUCAAAGUAAAGAUUAUUGCCGAGACGAGAGACCGGACGCACGUCCAAGAGCUGGAGGCGCUGCUCAAGGAGAAGUACAAGAAUGUCACCAUCCUG